CUGCUAUCAGUGACUGUCAUGACUGUUCCUGGCUACCGGUGUAUAUCAAUUUGCAUAUCCAGGGCAUUCAACGGCGCCUGCCUGUAGCACUGCAGAAGCCCUCUUCCGAUAUCAGAUGUUUUUCGGCCAGCUCCUGUUUCUGCAAACUGGAUUUACUGUCGUCUUCUGCGUCCUCAAUACUACCACGGUCAAAACCCCAUCGCUCGAUCGAGCAUCCAUUCUCAAGUACGAACCCUUUAGUUGCAUGGGUUCAGCGCAAUUCGACCAACUAAGACCAAACCCCGGAUUUGCCUACUGCCCGUGCCCAGAGAAGACCAAGUACAUACCAGAUCCCCGCCGCAACAGGCGCCUUCUCGACUGCGAUUCGUCCAAUCAUCAGUCAAUUGAAGGAGUCAAGGAGGGGCGAAAAAAGUGCGAAGAAAUCCUGCAAGCAAGUCAGGAAACUGCAACUCCGAACCAAAAGAAACAAUCAGGCAACUGCAACUGAAAAACACAACACAGGGGAAAAAAAAAAAAAAAAAAAAGAGGGGCAAUUAGACCCUUCCACAUUCAAGCGGCUGCUGCAAAGAAACAUCGACAACCUGAACCCCUCUUUUCACCUCUAGUCUUGGAAGGUGACAGGGCUGCCAGCGUCUAACUGGUCUAUCAAACUGAUUUGUGAGACCGAGUUCACCACUCAGAGUCAACGUCUUUGAGACAUUUCAAAGGGUUCAUAUUCAACUGGUAGGUACUGGGUCUCU